AAAAUGACCCAGACUAACGAGCCAAAGUAAUCAAGUGAUCGAAAUCGCUAUCACUUUCGACUUUGUUCAAUCGAUCAUCGUUCUUUAUGCGGACAUGAACGCGUAAAAAUAUUAUGUGCAACUCAUGUUUCCUCGAAUGCUCUAUAUUAUAUACAUUUGCCUAUGAUUAUGUAAUUUUACAUUGAUUAUUUAGAUUUUUUUUUAACCAAUACCAGCAUUUGGUGCGGUUAACGCAUCUCCUUCUCUAUUCCUUCCCACGUGUUCUGACGUGUCCCUUGGUCCCUAUGCGGCCUGUGCACUACUGUGCAUUACGCUACAGUGCACUCCAUAGAUCGUAUUCGAAUUGAAGUCCAAACCCAUCAAAUUUUUAUCUAAGCAAUUUCUUUUCCUCGCUGUGAAAACACGAACAUUCAACUUUCAAGAUGAAUCGUUUUAUAAAAGUUCUCAAGAGUAAGGAAACUCGCGAUUAUUUUAUGAGCACGCACUUUUGGGGACCCGUUGCUAACUGGGCGAUACCGAUUGCUGCCAUCGCCGAUAUCCAGAGGGAUCCCAAGUACAUUAGUGGUAAAAUGACCUUUGCCUUAUGCUUAUAUUCAGCAAUGUUCAUGAGAUUUGCAAUCAAGGUGCAGCCACGCAACAUGCUUUUAUUUGCCUGCCACUUUGUCAAUGAGGGUGCACAAAUUACGCAAGGUUGUAGAUUUAUUAAGCAUCAUUAUCUUAGUAAGAAAGAACAGUAAGUCGAAAGAUAUACAUGAUAUUGACUUUAAAACAAUAGGACUUUGUAUUAAUAUAUA